AUGGGAAUCAAUCUUUUUGCUUUCAAACAUUCUGUCAAUCUUUCUUUCAGCCUUUCUUUCUUUCAGCCUUUCUUUCUUUCAACCUUUCUACCGUUCUUUCUUUCAGCCUUUCUUUUAACCUUUCUUUCGCCUUUCUUUCCUUCAAGCUUUUUGUCUUUCUUUCUCCUUUCUAUUAACUUUUCUUCCAACCUAUCUUUCAGCCUUUCUUUCAUUCAACCUUUCUGUCUUUCUGUCUUUCAGCCUUUCUUUAACUUUCUUCCUACCUUUCUUUCAGCCUUUCUUUUAACUUUUCUUCUUACCUUUCUUUCAGCUUUUCUUUUAAUAUUUCUUCUUACCUUUCUUUCAGCCUUUCUUUUGUUCAAGAUUUCUGUUAUUCUUCCUUUCAGCCUUCUUUUAACUUAUUACCUUUCUUUCAGCCUUUCUUUCUUUCAGCCUUUCUUUCUUUCAGCCUUUCCGUUUUUCUUUCUUUCAGUCUUUCUUUUAAUCUUUCUAAUUAACUGUCUUCCAGCCUUUCUUUUAAAUUUUCUUCCUACAUUUCUUUCAGACUUUCUUCUAACAUUUCUUCCUACCUUUCUUUCAGCCUUUCUUUCUUUCAGCCUUUCUUUUGACUUUUCUUCCUAUCUUUCUUUCACCUUUCUUUUCUUCAACUUAUCUGUCUUUCUUUCCUUCAGGCUUUCUUUUGACUUUUCUUCCUAUCUUUCUUUCAGCCUUUCUUUCUUUAAACCUUUCUCCUUUCUUUUAAAUUUUCUUCCUACAUUUCUUUCAGCCUUUCUUUCCUUCAACCUUUCUGUCUUUCUUUCUUUCAGCCUUUCUCUUAAUUUUUUCUUUCAGCCUUUCUUUCUAACUUUCAGCCUUUCUGUCUUCCAGCCUUUGUUUUCAGCCUUUUUAGCAUUCGUCUUUGCCGAUCCGCUUUCGUUCGUGUAUACCCCAACCGACGGCAAUUUCCCCCAGCACCCUCCGCGACACUAG